AUAUACAUAUUUAUAAAUCUCCAAUGUAGCGCUCAGUGAUUUUUAACCUGACUUGACCUCUUAAACGUGUAACCUUCUUAUAUUUUUAGUUCCCUCUAUGGGGUCAUGCAGCCUGCAUACCAAAGAGCUCUGCUUAGUUAACCAAACAUAAAGGGACAAAACUAAUGGAAGCUUAAACAAUAAAGAUAUGAUUUAUUUAAAACCGUAUUUAAAGUAUUUUAUAAGGGACAACAGCGUGUACUAACUGAUUAUUUCAUAUUUUGGAAAGACUGAAGAACAAGUAUCAGGCUUCUUUGUGGAAAGUGUAUGAUCUGUUGCCCCACUUAACGGCUGCCCGUAUUGUACGGAUGCACAAACACACGUACCCAUAUAUAGGAGCAUUUAUUAAAUCCCAACUCCAGGAUCCACUGUCGCUUCAGGCGCCCCUCAUAGUUGCCACAGCUCUGAGCAAGGGACAAAUAAGCGAAGGGUGGGAACUGAAUGUGGUCACCGCCCCUGCUCUUGCAGUUUUCAAACAGGUCCGUCACAUUACUAUAAAACGCCUAAGUGGCGCUGUGGAGAUCACUUCGCUGCGGGUGUGAUUGCUGUACUUUCGUGAUGUCUGGGCGUGGUAAAGGUGGAAAGGGGCUGGGGAAGGGUGGCGCCAAGCGCCACCGCAAAGUUCUGCGAGAUAAUAUCCAGGGCAUCACUAAGCCUGCUAUCCGUCGCUUAGCCCGACGCGGUGGCGUCAAGCGUAUCUCUGGUCUUAUCUACGAGGAGACCCGUGGGGUGUUGAAAGUGUUUCUGGAGAACGUGAUCCGGGACGCUGUAACCUACACUGAGCACGCCAAGCGCAAGACUGUCACCGCCAUGGACGUGGUCUACGCGCUCAAGCGGCAGGGCCGCACUCUUUAUGGCUUUGGCGGCUGAACUCCUGUUGGCCAUCUCCCUGAGCCUACUAAAACCAAAGGCCCUUUUCAGGGCCACCUAUUCUUUCACUCAAAAGAG